GACUUUCAUCUCAUCCUCACAGAGAACUGUGCCAGCAAACCCUUACCCGGAAAACGACACGGUGGUGGCCAACCAUCUGGGAAACAUGUGCCCUCAGCGAGGCUUGCUCUACCACGGUCCUGUAGGAGAUGAGGACUGUCUGUUCCUCAACGUCUAUACACCUUACCUGCCGGACGAACUCGAGCAGAAGCACAACGGCACCUUGCUGCCCGUCAUGCUCUUCAUCCACGGUGGUGCUUUCAUCUCUGGAGACGCUUCCCUCUACACUCCCACCAAACUCCUCGACCGAGAUGUCAUUCUUGUGGUCAUUCACUAUCGUCUAGGUUCCUUGGGUUUCUUCAGCUUGGACAACGAUGAUGCACCUGGGAACGCUGGCCUCUGGGACCAGAUCACAGCCAUGCAGUGGGUCAAGGACAACAUUGAAGGCUUCGGUGGUGACAGUUCGAGAGUUACUAUAUUCGGAGAGAGUGCUGGGUCCGCCUCGGUCAACUAUCACCUCAUCAUUGAGAAAAGUAGAGGUCUGUUCCACGGCGUCAUAGGUGAGAGCGGGUCCGCCCUGGAACACUGGGCUCACGACCCUGACCCUAUUACCUCUGCCAUUGUUAUCGCAGAGGCCAACAACUGUUCAGUGAGCAGCCUGUCAGAAAUCUAUGAGUGCAUGAAGACUAAGUCUGCCCUUGAUUUGGCCAUCAACAUGGCUAAUUUUGUGGUCAGUGUUUUGUUAUUUUGAUUAUUUUUUUUUCGA